AUGAUGAACUUUCGUACAUUCUUAUUCCCUCUGUUGUUACUUAUUUUUCAAAUUCUAUUUACAUUUCUACUGGGUUUUCAUAGUGAGUAUCGAUAUUUUCCUGUUACAAAUGUCACAAACUAUGAAAACCCACCGCGUGGUUUGGUGGAAUUCUAUUAUUCCAUGUUCACGGAUAUUCACGUGAUGAUGUUCAUCGGCUUUGGAUAUUUAAUGACAUUUCUACGACGAUAUUCAUUCUCAUCGGUUGGAUUCAAUUUUAUUCUUUGCGCUUUUACAUUAGAAUGGGCAGUUAUUGUUCGCGGUUAUCUAUUCGAUUGGAAUACUACGAAUCAGAAAUUUAUUGUCGAUGUUCAAAGUUUAACAACAGCGGAUUUUGUCUCAGCAAGUAUUUUAAUAUCUAUGGGUGCGGUGUUGGGAAAAGCGAAUCCUGUUCAAUUGAUUCUCAUGGCAUUGCUGGAAGUACCAAUUCAGGUUGUCAAUGAAUAUAUCGGUUUACAUAUAUUCUGUGCGUUUGAUCCUGGUGAAUCGAUGUAUGUUCAUGUAUUUGGUGCUUAUUUCGGUUUGGCGGUUGCAUUUGUUUUGUAUCGCAGAAAUGUUGAAGAUUCUCCUCAUGAAAAAUCACGUUACACUUCCGAUAUAUUCGCAAUGGUUGGAACGAUUUUUCUCUUUUGUUUUUGGCCAUCAUUCAACGCCGGUGUCGCAACCGGUGUUACUCGUCUCUAUGCAGUAGUGAACACCUACAUCUCGAUCUGUUCCUCAGUUAUCGGUGCUUUUCUCAUGUCAAAUCUUGUCAAAAGGGGUCGAUUCGACAUGGUACAUGUUCAAAAUUCUACAUUAGCCGGCGGAGUUGCUGUCGGAACCAUUGCCGGAUCGAACAUCGGACUUCACGGUGCGAUGGUCAUCGGUACACUUGCUGGUAUGAUAUCAGUUUUAGGUUAUGAAUUUCUUACACCCAGAUUGAAACACAUUCGUAUUCAUGAUACAUGCGGAGUUCACAAUUUGCACGGUAUGCCUGGAUUUAUGUCAGGCAUCACAGGCAUUAUUGUUGCUUCGAUUAGUGAUCGUUCAGGUUAUCUAAAUCAUCUGACAGAUUCAUGUCUUGGUGGUGGUGCUUUUCGAGGUAAUAGUACUCAAUCUGGUUAUCAAGCGGCUGGUUUAGCAUUGACUCUUGGCAUGGGACUUGUCGGUGGACUUGUGACAGGUAUCAUUUUACGUCUGCCGAUCUUCUCUCAAAAAGAAAACGACUUUGACGAUGAAAUUCACUGGCAUCUACCUGAAGAUCCUCACAAACCAUUACUUCAAAAUCAUCCUUCAGCACGUUUAUAA